CGUCGCACGUAACGCACGCUGCAGCGGAACUACUGGGUUUUCGUUCGGAUCGGAAUUCGCAUCGAGUUUGGGCUUCGGUUUCGGCUGCUUUCGGACUAAUCGGUCGGUUUGGUCCGCUUGAUCGGUUGGCCAACUGCAAACUCGGCGGCCUGCAUUCGGCACUUGUGAUUGAUGGACUGCAGUUGCUCCGCAAACUCUGACCUCUGAGCCCGGACAAUCAUCAGGUUCUGUGACUUGAGCGCCCUGCUUUUUAUGAGGGUCGUCUCGCUGACCGAUUCCAAAAACGACCAUAAACGGAGAAUAUAUCAAAUAAAAAGUCCAAUUUCGGUUUUUUUUGUUGCCGGGUUUUCGAUUUAGCAUUUCGCAUUUCUCGAGCUUGUCGACGUCGUGUGCGCGGUCUUCAUAAAUUAUAAAAGAGCGCAUUUCGCGAACGACUUGCAAAUAAAUAAGCAUUUACGCUUUUAUUAUUGCCCGGCGUGUGUGUGUUCGUUCUUGGUGAGAGUGUGUGUGUUUUGGAGGAGGAGCAGCAGCGGGAGCGGGAGCCGCAGUUCUUCGGAAAAAGCUCCCAUGUGGCGCAAGCCGGAGGAAUAAAAUAAAACCGAACCGAGCGCUCCCCACUUAAAAUAUCAUCUUUGCAUACAAUCAACAUCUAGCCAUAAAAGUGUCUUCGUCCUAUGAGCAUUUCGGGAUCCGCUCUGAUUUGUGUGUGCUGAUAAGCCAGUGAUUGCCCCAAACCGUGCUCCUCGCAGCCCCACAUAAAGAUAUCUGAAGCAGAAAAUGCUUAGCUGUCUCGGAGACACCGCGGCGUAUACUUAAUCUUGUCAACGGGCCAAAGCACGGCUAAGCAAACAUGAACUGCCUCUGUCGCCCAUCACGGAUUAUGUCCGUGCGCAUUAAUUUGCUGGAUGAAACCGAGUUCAUACACGAGAUCAAGGAUGAUUUGCCCGGCCAGGCUCUGCUGGAUGUCGUCUUCGCCAGGCUCAAUUUAAUCGAGACCUCAUACUUCGGCAUACGUUACAUAGACGAGGAGAAUCAGACGCACUGGCUCGAUCCUGCGUCGCGUAUUUCUCGCCAACUCAAGCCCAAGUCGGAUCCUUAUGACUUGUAUUUCGGUGUGAAGUUCUAUGCGGCCGAUCCCUGCAAGCUGCUGGAGGAAAUAACCAGGUAUCAACUUUUCCUGCAAGUCAAACAGGAUGUUCUGCAGGGACGACUGCCUGUGGCCUUUGAGCUGGCCGCCGAGCUGGGAGCCUUUGUGGUGCAAUCCGAACUUGGUGACUAUGAUCAGCGGCGCCACUCGAAGGGGUACGUGUCCGAGUUCCGGCUGCUUCCUAACCAGAGCAACGAGCUGGAAACCCGCGUCUCCGAACUCCACCAGCAGCUCAAGGGAAUGUCGCCCUCCAGUGCGGAGCUCAACUAUCUGGACAAAGUCAAAUGGCACGAUAUGUACGGCGUGGAUUUGCAUCCCGUUCUGGGCGAGGACAGCGUGGAGUACUUCCUGGGCCUGACUCCGAGCGGGAUUGUCGUGCUGCGCAACAAGACGACGGUGGCUCAUUACUAUUGGCCGCGCAUUGCCAAAGUUUAUUAUAAAGGACGCUAUUUUAUGCUCAGGAUAAGCGAUAAAAAUAACGAGCUGAGCACCUACGGAUUCGAGACGCCUCGCAAGUCGGCCUGCAAGCACCUAUGGCGCUGCUGCGUGGAACACCAUGCCUUCUUCAGGCAGGUGCGAGUGGCCCCUCUGCCCAGUUCGCAGUCGCAUGCCGCCGAUUUGUUCCAACUGGGAUCGCGCUUCAGGCACAGUCGCCCGGACAAGCAAACGGAGAAGGAUGCACUUUCCGCCGGACGAUCGCCGCCUGCCUUCACCCGUACUCCCUCGAAGCGCCAGCCGCGCCGCGUGAUUGAUGACUUUUUUAACAGCAACGGCAACGGCAAUGGAAAUGGCAAUGGCCAUGGCCAUGGAGCAAGUGGCGCGGGAACAUUAGGAGGCGGCAGCCACAUGGGCAACAGGCCGCUGCCCCAGCCCGGAAUGGGCACCAUCUCCAACAACUACGACAGCCCCUAUCGCUCCACCUACAGCAUACCCACCAGCUUGGGCAUCAGACCUUGCCAUCAGCAGCAGAACAACAACUCCAGCAGCUACAACAACAACAGCGGGGGCAACCUGCAAACGCCUGACUCUCCAAGGAGCACACGGAGUGCUCCCUGGCCGCGCUCCCAGCAGAGAUCCCUCUUCGGGCACAAUCCGUCGAGUCCGCGAUCCGUAAGAUCCGCGAGUACGGCAGGCGGUGGACUGCACCACCAUCACAGCCACCACAGCCACGGUCACGGUACCAGCCACCAUCCGCACCACCAAUCCUCGUCAGCGGGAGCCACCUCCUCGACCACGCACCACCACCGUCAGCAGCGGGCCAGCUCCUCAUCCGCCUCCCAUCAGCAGCAGAGAUACCGCUCCAGUUCCGUGGAGAGCCACUCCUCCAACGACUCGAGGUCCACGCGCAAGCAUAAGCACCGUCAUCGCCGCACCUCAGAUAAUGAAAGCGAGCUUUCCAGAGGAUCAGGUCGGUCCGGAAGAUCAGGACGUUCGCAUCAUCGCAAGCACCGCCGUUCGCACCGGCAUCGAAGGGACUCAGCCGGAGGAUCCGAUCACGACAGUACACGUGGACGCAGCUACUCCGGCCAUCGCAGCUCCUCGAUGAGAAGUGGAAGUGCCGAGCUUAUAGACUCCACAUCGCAGUGGAGGGAAGUGCAACGACGCCAGGCGGAAGCCAGUUUGGGCCAGAGUUCCGUGCAACAGGCAGCGGUUUCCAAGAGCAGCAUGGUGGCCAGGAGUCUCCACAGCAACGAUAGCCACUCGGACACCCAUUCGCACCACAAAUCCAGAAGGCACCGCAAAAACAAAUCCCCAUCGGAAUCACGAAGCCGCAUGUGGAACAGUGAGCUGGCGAAGCACCUACAAUUCGAUCUGGUGGACACGGAGGGCAUGUCGGAGCAGCAGUUACGGGAGAUUCCCUACACGGUGGUAGAGACCACUUCGAAGAGGUCCAACUCUAACCUGAAGAUCCACAAGAGCAACAGCAAGAGCAGUGUGGGAGCCAAGAGUACGGGCUCUGGCAACACCAUUACCAAUGGUAGUGGAUCUGGAAAUGCGGGCCAGGCCAGGAAUCGCGUCGAUCGCAUCAGGGGACUUUACUAUCAAAGCACGCAUCCACACGAGGCCAACGGAGGUCCUGGAGCUGGAGGACAUGCGCCGAAGAAUGGAUCCAUUCGCUCGGCCAGCACUAUAUCUUCAAGGGAGUGUGAACGGAAUAAUGGUCUAGUUAGAAUGAUGUCCAGCAUGAGCAUGGGUGACUUUAUCUCGCCCACUGGCUCCAAUCUGAGUCCUUUGGAGAACUCGGCUCUGCGGGUGUCCCACGAGCACACUGACUCUGGACUGGGAGCCGAUCAGGAUUAUGCAUACUCAUCGGAAAGAUCCAGCGACAGCACUCGCUAUGGCACCAACAAAUCCUCUGGCGCCUCGAGCGGAUCGCACCGGAAGUCGGGCGGCAGUGCCGGCGGGAACUACAACAACCUGAUGCAGCAGACCGUGAGUAACCAGCAACAGCAGCAGCGCUCGCUGUUCGCGCAGCAGCAGCGCCAGCAGAAGAGCACCUACAAAUACGCCACCUCCUCGCCAUCGUCCACUAACCCAGGGAGCUCCUCGGGACUGGCGCCCGUCCACAACGCGGGCUCGAGUUCCAAUCCCAGCUCCAGCCAAAACCCCAACAGCGCUACUAACUCUAAUCAACAGUCGCCGGCUAAUCGCCUGCUCCACUACACGACCUUUGAGAACAACCAGUACAAGUUCAGUCUGAACAAUGCGCUGGCCAAGAGCUCCAAGGGCGUGGUGAGCGGAGGAGGCAGCAUUAGCAAUCUGGCCGGCAACAUGGUAACAUCUGGUGGUGUCGGUGGUCCAGGUUCUCAAGGUGGUGGUGGUGCUUUCAGCCGGCAGCGCAGCUUCGUGGAGUGGCCCAGCAAUCCGGCGUCGCCCUACUAUUACCAAGGUCCUUCCACGCACGUGGCGCAGGUGAAGCGCCGGGAUGCCAAGUCGGAUAUUGGGGUGCCCACCCGGCGGCUCUCCGGACAGAGUCUGACCAAAACGCAACUCCUGACGGGCGGCGGGAACUCGCAGUUAGCCAAUGCGGGCUGUUAUCCGUUGCACUAUGCGAGCAGCAAUGUUUCGGGCGCGGGCUACAAUCGUCCCUCAGGUCAAAGAUCAGGUGGCAACGGCUCCUCCUCCGGAGGUUUUGGCCUCCAGCCAGCCAAAUCGGACCUCUUCUUGUCCUACAUCCACGGCGGGGAGUACGAAAGACCCUACAUUUACAACUACAAGAUGCCGCAGAUGCCGGGUGGAGCCGGGGCAGGAGCUGGAGCAGGACCAGGCACGGGAGCAGUGGGCUCCCCAAAACAACAGACCACCGCUUACCACAUUUCUGGGUCGCAGACCGCAGAUCCGCCGCCACCCCCUCCUCCUCUGUACGGCGGCACGGCGCCCGCCAACGACGUCAUGUACUAUCAGUUCGACAAAGGAGCCGCCGUCGCUGCCGGACCUCCUUCCACGUCGUCCUCGUCGCCGCCCAUUGUCCAGCAGCCGCGGCAAACGGGCGGUCCAUUAGUGUAUCUGCAACAUGGCCAGAAUCCAUCUGUGCCCGAGGUGCAGCAGUCAACUAGCGCAAUUCCAAAGCCCGCCGACCAUGCCCCUGCAGCAGGAGUAAACUGCUCCUCGAACCCGCCGCCCACUGCAUUCUGCAAACUUUGGUUGCAGCAACAGCAGCAGCAGCAGCAGCAGCAACAGCAGCAACAGCAGCAAUCCCAACAGCAGCAACUCUACGAACAGCAGCAGGCUUGGCUCUAGAAAAGAAUAAACACGCACAACGUGUAAGUGGAAAGUUAAAUGGAAACUACAUGUGCGGGUUCAACAUCAACAAAGCAGGAGCAACAAUAAACAACAUUUAAAAGCCGCUGGGGCAGAAGUUGGUCCAAAACUUUUCGCCAGCACGUUGCGUUUGCAAAUUAAAUGCACGUUAUGCCGACAUGUAAAUAGAUAAUGCUGUAUAUAGGCACGUUGGGACAGGGAAACUUAAUCGAGAAGUGAGCAGGCCCAGUAAUCUUAAGACGCGAAUAAUCAAAAAGCCAAAAAAGCAAAUGUAUCUCACAGAUAAACAACAGCAAUCGGGGGCCUGUGGGCGGCAGGAUGAGAGCAGAAAGCUGAAAGCAGCAUAAAAGCAAAAAUAAAUUGUGCGUUAAUGAUAAGCGGCGCACAUUUCAGCGGCAUAAAAUUUAUUAAAAUAUGCGCACAAGGCAGACAGCGCGGAAAACUUAGCAAAGCCGGGCCCCCAAAAGUAGGCAGCACAAACAGAGACCCACGCAGACACACACACACACACACACAUGCUGGAAAAGGACUUCUCCCGGAAAUCGUUGGCGAUAAAUAUAAAAUUUUAUUGUUGUGCUCCGUAUCUGGCCGAAUCUGUAUGUGUGUGUGUUUGCGUGCGCCUGGAAGUAAAUUAAAUAUACGUUUUUAUUAACUACUAAGAACCAAUUUGAUACGCAUUUAAAUAAUGCCUCUUACACAAGAGCACACACAAGAUUAUGUAAAAUUUAAUUUUACUGCAGCCAGCGGCAGCAGCGAGAAAAGCCAAAUAAAUGUAGAAGCCUAAAUGUGUAUGUAAUUUAAAUAAAAUAUAUGCGUAGAAGAGAAGGAUACUCUAGUGUAGCCCCGAACUACUUACUUACUUAUGCCAACAACGUCCAACAAUUUCAAUAAUAUUUACGUAAGCGAACACUUUCGACCAUAUACGUUAAGCCCCAUUUAGCUUAGUUUAAUCAUUUGCAACUAAUUUAAGUCUGUCCGUCCGCUGGUUGACCUUCUCGACCUCUGUGACUCCUGAAUUGUGUAAAUAUCCCCUCUGUUAACAAAUAUUACUCAACAAUUUGUGCGGUCAACGAAUACGGAAUGCAUAUGACCCAUUAUCGAUUAAACACUUUUACAAUCUACUGCAUGUGGGUGCAAACUGCAAACGAAAAGGAAACAUAAAUAUAUACGAUUAAAUGUCUCUAACAAGAUUUUA